AUGUUCAGGGCAGCUCGAGAAGGGGCUUCUUUCCAGUCCAUUUUGAGCCUUGCCAAAGAGGCAGAGUAUAUGGUUUUAGAGGACCCUGGGGAGCCCAAGAGGGAUCGUUCUUCUAGUCAGUUUUCUAGUGCCUCAUCUAGAGGCAGAGUGUUCAUUGAUGACAUCUUAGUGUACUCCAAGACUGAGGAGGAUCACGAUCGGCAUUUGAGGAUAGAACUUCUGAGAUUAAGGGAAGAGAAACUUCAUACCAAGUUCUCGAAGUGUGAGUUUUGGCUCAAUUUUGUGGCAUUUUUGGGACAUGUGGUGUCCAAGGAUGGUAUUCGGGUUGAUCCAGCCAAGAAUGAGGCAGUGAGGGGUUGGACUAGACCUACAUCUGUUACUGAGAUCCAGAGUUUUGUGGGACUUGUGGGCUAUUACCGGCGAUUUGUGCAGAGCUCUACUAAUGAAUCUCCCUUGAGUGUAUUGACUCAUCAGAGUUUUCAAUGUUUUGAUGAGUUUGAAGAGUUCUUUCAAAAGCUCAAGACUUUGUUGACGUCGGCUCCUAUUUUGACUUUACCCGAUGAGGGUGUGAAUUUCACUGUUUAUUGCAGUGCUUCUGGUGUCGGGUUAGGCGGUUUUCGGAUGCAGAAGGGUAAGGUGAUUGCUUAUGCUUCUGGGGCGUUUAAGACCUAUGAGAGGAACUACCCUACCCACGAUUUAUAG